CUCAAAUGUGACAGUACAUCUCAGAUGUUCCGUUAGCUCAAUAUUUUUGUCUCAUUUUGUUGAUUUUUUUCAUAAGGAUGGAAACCAGGUAUUAUUCAGAAAAAGGACGAUCUGGUGGAGAGCACAAACUGGCCCUCCAUGCCAGUAAAAAAGUGUUCGACAGAAUAACUGGGCAUCUCUACAGAAAGGAGAGAAUAAGGGAAGAUUUGGAGAGGGAAGCAGCCCACAGGAAAUACCUGAGAGAUGAGGGCAGAGCUAUGACAUCACAAUGGGAAAAUUCUGUAGAAAAUUUGAGGAAGAAAAAAGAAGAGGAACGACAACAAAGAUUGGCACAGAAAGCUGAUGACAGGGUCGAACAAUACUUCAAGGUCUUGAAAUGGCAAGCUGAACAAAGAAAAAUCUUCAACGAAGAAGUGAAAAAGAAAAUAUUUGUUAUGAGAGGCUCCCAGCGUGAUAUAAAUUCUGGCGUGCUGUUCUCCGAAUGUUUGUACUUCAACGAGAAAAAUAUAGAACAUAAGACUAGAGAAAAGGAAAAAGCAGAUAAAGACUGGAAGGAGUUCGAGCAACAAAUAAUCAGAGAAGAUAAAGAAUUCAAAGAUAAUGAACUAAUUAAAGAAUGUAAGAGGAGAACUGCCGCAGAGAAUCAUCUAAAAUUCCUGAAAAACCAAAUUUCAGGAAAGCAGAAAAACAGAGAAGAAGAACAGAAAUUAAAUCUGGAAAUAGAAAUAUCAGACAUAGCUAGGCAAAAAAAGGAAAUGGAAAUCAUCAGGAAAAACGCAGAAGAAGACUUUCUCAAAGCUAAACGUUGCUCAAUGAAAAUUCUGAAGGACAGCAGGGAAGAAGCCAUAAAGAAACGGCAACUUGAGGAGAAACAAAAUGCUGAAUUAGAAAGAGUUUGUGAGAUUUACAGAGACACUAGAACAAGGAUCAACUGUGCUAGGGAAGUUAUGAAAAAGAAAGAUAUCCAGAAGAGGCUAGACUUCCAAGAGGAGGCUUUCAAGAAGCUCGAAGAGAUUCAAAAUCAGAUUUUGGACACUGAAGGCCAAAGGAUAGCCAAUGCUGUUGCUGAAAAGGAGGAAGCCGAUGCUCUGAAAAGACGAAUGCGUGAAGAAUACGACGAAAGACUUCUGAAAGAGAGGAAAGAAAAUUAUGAGAACGCUCUUCAAGAGGAAAAGAGGAAGAAAGACGAAGAGAAAGAGAAGCGUAAAUGGCAAAUGCUGAACAGAAUUAAGCUGAUUGAAAUAUGUAAAGAGGAAGAAGAGCGAAGAGAAGAAAAUAAAUUGAAGAAAAGGAAUAAUUACAGGGGAUUACUAGAUGAACAGGUCAAAAAGAAUGAAGAAAUUCGUGCUGAAAAAAAAGCGGAAGAAGAUGCAUUCAUAUGGAAUGAUUUUCCUGAAGAAGAUAGGAAGUUUUUGGAGUACGGUGAGGAGAUGUUGGCCAAGCAGAAGUCGGAGGGAAAACCUACCUAUCCCAUACAACUGGCAAUCACGCAAUACAAGAAGAAGCACAGUUUGUUGGCAGAUAGAGCCAAAAUUUCGUCGACGAAGAAGGAAGAGAAUGGAUCGAAAAAAGGAAUGAAAUUGCCGAUAAUCAACAGAAGGAUUUGUCCCAAUAAGAACGACUCAUCAGGUUUCCUAGAUUGUUUUUGUACGGAUUGAGAAAUUAUACGGUUAUUCAUAUCUAUCAGAAAAAACUUUCCUCGGAAACUAUUCUAAAAUUAUGCGAAUAAAAUUAUUUAAACGCAACGACCUUUUAUUCGAUGGCGUAGUCAUAAACAAUAAUCCAGUAAUUCAGUAGAGGAAUUGUCACACUCGACGCAAGAUAUAAGAUAUCCUUAUGACGAUAUAUCGACCAGGGUCUCGGUGACAUAUGUAGAUGGAAAAAAAAUCUAUUUUUUUUCGCGAGUUCUGCGGCCCCAAGUUUGUUCUAGGAGAACCAAGAGGGCUGCAGGCGCAAGCC